AUCAGUGUUUACGGAAGCUGCAUCAUGCGAAGUUUAUAGAGGCUAAAAGUUGGCGAUAUUUUGCGUAUUCUUGGCAAUCAGCAUGCUCCUAAUAACGUGUUGAAGUUGUUGUUUUUGUAGUGAUCGUUUUCCAGCUAACAUGCAGGCGGAAUCACCCGUAACGUCUCCGAAAUUUGAUUUGUUUGACUCGUGUGGUAAAUUUCGUGUGCUGGUUGGGGUCACGGGUAGUGUGGCAGCGCUCAAAGUGCCUCUGUUGGUCUCCCAACUUCUUGAGUUACCCGGGGUGGAUGUGCGUGUUGUCACCACAGAACACGCCAAACACUUCUACAACCCUGCUGAUUUGGCUGUCAGAGUCUACAGUGACACACAUGAGUGGGAGCUGUGGAGCCAGCGUUCUGACCCUGUCCUGCACAUAGAGCUGAGACGCUGGGCUGACCUCCUCGUUAUAGCCCCUCUGGACGCGAACACACUGGGGAAGAUCGCCAGCGGUAUCUGUGACAACUUACUGACGUGUGUGGUACGGGCCUGGGAUACCAGUCGUCCUCUACUCUUCUGUCCAGCGAUGAACACUGCUAUGUGGCAUCACCCCAUCACCUCUCGCCAGGUGGACAUUCUUAAAGAGUUUGGCUACGUUGAGAUCCCCUGCAUCGCCAAGAAACUGGUCUGUGGAGACCAAGGCAAAGGGGCCAUGGCAGAGGUGUCAACGAUCGUAGAUGUUGUGAACCAAUUCAUCCAGAAAGCUGCCGAGUCUCCUCAGGAAGGAGCAGGCCAGGCGCUGUGAGGAAGGAGCAGGCCAGGCGCUGUGAGGAAGGAGCAGGCCAGGCGCUGUGAGGAAGGAGCAGGCCAGGUGCUGUGGGGAAGGAGCAGGCCAGGUGCUGUGAGGAAGGAGCAGACCAGGCGCUGUGAGGAAGGAGCAGGCCAGGUGCUGUGGGGAAGGAGCAGGCCAGGUGCUGUGAGGAAGGAUCAGGCCUGUGAAUAUUAAUGAACUGCAGAUAGUAAAAUCCAGAUGGACUCCUAGACCCUGUGCACUUGUGGAGAUCUGAGAGGAUUUUGAUUGGAAUAGGUAAUAUGCUGAAACUUCCACCUAGCCUAUCAGAGGGCAAGGUGGAACUAUUACCAUAAUGACUGCGCCUGUCAAAUCUUCUCAGAUCUGCUUAAAUCAAUCCCUAGGUUCUAGGGGUCCGUUUUGGAUUGGGCCAGGGUCUAGGGGUCUGUUUGGGAUUGGGCCAAGGUCUAGGGGUCCGUUUGGGAUUGGUCUAGGGGUCCGUUUGGGAUUGGGCCAGGGGUCCAUUUGGAAUUGGGCCAUUGACAUGAAGAUGAGGCAUUCAGAUGAAGAUUGCUGCAGUUAUUUGUGAUGUAAUCAUUUGAAUGUAAUGAACAGAUUUUUUUGAAGCCAAAUGUUAAAGAGACAAGAGUUUGCAAUAAAUGUUUGUAAUUUAAUUAUCAAAGAAUUUGUGUCGGAUAUUCUUGCUGACUUGGAUUAGCAGCAACUGCUGCUAUGUGAGUGUUAUGUCAUGCUUUGUUACGUCAUCCUUCUUAGUAAGAUCCCAUGGUGACUCUUGCCAUAGGUUCAUGGUGACUCUUGCCAUCGCUGGCCACUCCAGAACAGUCCAGUGUUUAUUCUUGAAUCAUUACUGGGUGCUUCUGGAUGUGUGUUUGGGGUCAUUAUCCUGCUGGAAGACCCACAACCUUCAACGGCGACCCAGUUUCCGGACACUGGGUUGAUGUUAGAGGAAUGACAUUUGUUUAUGUUUUAAUUAACCAAUUCAAUUAAACACUCUGCCCAC